AUGCCGAACACCAAGACGGUCCGAGUUCCACACCUCUUUGGAACGGAUGCUGCGUACCAGAUGCCCAGGGCGUAUGACCCGACCAAGCCAACAUGUGUGCUCGUCAACAGCUUCACCAUGACAUCCGCUCUGUACGAGGCCCAAUACAAGAACGAGGCCCUCCUCAAUACCAUGAACAUCAUUGCCGUGGAACCUCUGGGCCAUGGUGAGACGCGAACGAGCACUGAGACCUUUACCUACUGGGACACGGCAAUCAUGAUCUUUCAAGUCCUUGACGCAUUAGAUAUCAAGGGCAAAGUAUUCGCGCUGGGCACCAGUCAAGGCGGGUGGAUAGUGGUUCGGAUGGCCCUUCUACAGCCACAGCGCAUUGCUGGUAUUCUUCCACUCGGGACAAGCAUGGAUUACGAAAGUGAACGGUCGCGUCAGCUGGGCAACUUCGACUGCCUCAGCACGCUGGCUGGGCCGAUCAAGGAGCUCCAAUCCAACGUACCGACGCCAGACUUCGUGAUCUCUCAGGAAUUCCGCAAUUUCCCGAUUUACGUAGGGUUUGGAAAGGACAUUGACGAGAAGACCGCCAACUUCUGGAACGAAGAGAUGAAGAGGAACUACAGUGGCGAUGCCGGGCGAAAGCGCUUGAAGGAAGUCACGAUCAAUUUGAGAGAUCGAGAUGGACUUCACAACAGGCUGUAUGAGGUGCGGUGUCCAGUGUUGUGGCUGCACGGUACAAAAGAUCCUGCAUACUGCGUGCCGAAUGCGCAAGACGAAAUCAAGAUGUUUGUAAACUCGCCGGAUGCGCAGCUUAAGGUCGUGGAGGGAGGUCAGCAUUACCUUAGUGCCAGCCAUCCAGAAGUGGUCGAUCAGGAGCUGAUGGACUUUGUGCUCAAGUACAGCAAGAGCGACAAUUAG